CACUAUAAAACAGAAUCUCUUCAGUCUUCCCAGUACUGGUUCACAGUAAACACACCUCUUUCCUUGUAACUUCAUUUUCUCAUCUAACCAAGAGCCAGCCUUAUCAUCCUUCACUCUUUCAGCUAUGUCUACCAGAAUGUCAAAUGCUUCAUCUGGUAUGGGAGUAUCUGAUCACAGUAAGGAUAUCUUCAUGGAACUAAAGAGAAAGAAAGUACAUAGAUAUGUGGUGUUUAAGAUUGAUGAGAAGAAAAAAGAGGUUGUAGUUGAAAAAACUGGAGGUCCAGCUGAAAGUUAUGAUGAUUUCACUGCAUCUUUGCCUGAGAAUGAUUGCCGUUACGCUGUUUAUGAUUUCGAUUAUGUCACCUCUGAGAAUUGCCAGAAGAGCAAGAUAUUCUUCAUUGCAUGGUCUCCCUCAGUUGCUCGUAUUCGAUCCAAGAUGCUUUACGCUACAUCCAAAGACAGAUUCCGACGAGAACUUGACGGUAUCCACUAUGAAAUUCAAGCAACUGACCCUGAUGAAAUGGAACUUGAAGCGCUGAGAGAACGUGCUCAUUAAGGAUCUAUCUUAAGAUUUCAAUUGUAAAAUGGUGUUGUGGUGACGAAUUAAAUUGAGGUAAGGCAUUGUCUGAUGGAUGCAAAGGGUUGUGACAUUUCGUAUUAGUUACUGCAGUAUAGAUAAGUUUAACUAGCAUAGAAAAGCCAAGGGGAUUAGUCAUUAAAAUAAAAUUCAACAGCUGGGAAGGCAAAUAGGAAAUUGUUCAGGAGGUCAUGGCAUUGAGUUCUCUUGGCAUGAAGUCUUAUCAAUUCAUUAUUACUGUUGAAAUGAACCUACAAUAUACAGUCAUCUAUUUUCUUAAAAACAAAAAAAAAAUGGGUUACCAGACUCGAUGGUUAUGGGGUGUAAUGUUUUGUUUGAAUUGAAAUUUAUCACUCGCGUCUCAAAUAUAAUUUUGUGUUUCUUUCUUUUC